AUGUCGGACUUCGAGGAUGAGAUGGACAUCGAUUCCUCUGCCAAAGGCGCCGCAAUGCAAUUCAGUUCCAACAACACGAAUUCCAAGGGUAAAAAGCUUGUUGCUGAUCUGCCCAUUGGCGCUGAGGACAAUUUGCCAUGGGUCGAAAAGUAUCGGCCAAGCUCGUUGGAUGAUGUUCAAGGGCACCAAGAUAUCCUAGCCACAAUCAACAGGUUUGUUGACUCACAUGUAUCGACUCCCACAUCUUCUACUGUACGGCCCCCCGGAACAGGAAAAACAACAACAAUCCUCGCCCUAGCUCGACGAAUUUAUGGAAGCAAAAACAUGCGUCAGAUGGUCCUGGAAUUGAAUGCUUCUGAUGAUCGAGGUAUUGACGUUGUUCGAGAACAAAUCAAGACAUUUGCAAGCACAAAACAAAUCUUCUCUGUCGCGCCCAGCUCUACGACAAACGGCGCCAAUUCACUCGGCGCAUUCAAAUUGAUUAUUCUAGACGAAGCCGACGCUAUGACAGCUACUGCACAAAUGGCACUCCGUCGGAUUAUGGAGAAGUACACAGCGAACACACGUUUUUGUAUUAUCGCAAACUACACACACAAACUUUCACCAGCUCUCUUGUCGCGGUGUACACGAUUCCGGUUCAGUCCGUUGAAGGAAGGCGAUAUUCGAGCCCUGGUAGAUAAAGUCAUCGAGGCAGAAAGUGUCCGGAUACAGCCUGAUGCAGUUGAGAGUCUGGUCAGGCUAAGUAAAGGCGAUAUGCGACGGGCGUUGAAUGUUUUACAAGCUUGCCAUACUAGUAGCCUACCUCUUCCUAUGCGCAACGCCCCCAAAGACCAACCUCCACCAGAACAUGAACUCGUCACUGAAGAAACAAUCUACAACUGCAUCGCCGCUCCUCAUCCUUCUGAUAUUCGCCAAAUUAUGACCACCCUCUUAUCCACGAGUGACGUAACGUCGUGUCUCAACACAAUCAACACACUGAAAUCAAACAAGGGUCUCGCCCUGGCCGAUAUCCUCAGUGCACUGAGUGAGCAACUACAAACCUUGGAGGUUCCAGCCCAGACACGGAUAAGCUGGUUAGAAGGAUUGGCUGAGAUCGAAUGGCGGCUCUCUGGCGGUGGCAGCGAGGUCGUGCAGACCGGUGGUCUCGUUGGCGUAGUGCGGAAUGGCUGUGAAUUGAUGGGCGAUAAGGGAGUUGCGAUGGAAUCGUGA